AUGUUUAUAGAAGAACACGAGAAGGCAAGUGUAGAUCCUCAAAAGUACGUAGAGAACCCAAUCAAAGCGUUCUCUAUAAUAAAAAGAUUGACAGCUGAUUUGGAUAUUGUGAGUAAUGCGGCUUUAUAUCCAACAGAGUUUACAUGGGAUCGGGAGUUGUUAUUUCCGGGAAGUGAAGAUUUAGCAGGAGCAGCUGUAGCUAUAGCUCGGUUACAAGAAUAUUACAACUUAAAAACUGUAGAUCUCGCAGAAGGAAAACUGAUGGACGGUUCUGGAGGUCCAAUGACAUUGAGUGACUGUUUCGAAAUGGGUCGGAAUCUGUACAAUGAAAAAGAUUACAAGUAUGCUGCAGAGUGGUUCAUAGCAGCGCUGGACAAAGUCGAUACAGAAGAUAUAUAUGUCAACGUAUCGCAUAUAAUUUUGAGGGAUAUCGUGAUGACUCUCCAUGAGGCAAAUAUAACAUUGGAUCCAAAUGCCUAUGAAUAUGCAAAGAAGCUGUUUGAAGUCUUGCCUGACGUAAAUGAAGACGAUACUAAAAUGAGAUACUACAAAGAAGCUUUUGUAAAGGAUAACGCAGAAGAAGAAGAAGAAAAGCAAAGGCUGAAGGAAUUAGAACGUGCUGAAGUAAUAAACGGUAGCGGAAUAACGAGUGCUGAUAAUCGAAUAUGCAAAAGUGUAUGGUUAUCGGACGAACAACUGUUGACCAUAGCUUAUGUGGGUUGGGACGCAUUUGACUUAACCGGACUAAGCCUAGAUUUCGCUGAAGCCUUGCAUGUGGUCAAUUAUGGAAUAGGAGGCUACCAAAAUGAACAUCAAGAUUAUUAUCCGAUGUCAGAUGUCAGUCACGGCGGAGCAACCGUGUUCCCUCAACUCGAUUUGGCAGUGAAACCGAAAAAGGCAACGGCCUUAUUCUGGAUGAAUCUAUAUCCCAAUGGAGAACACGACACAAGGGCAACACACGCGUCGUGUCCCGUGUUAUACGGAAAUAAGUGGCACUGCACGUGGGAGCGGAAUUUUCUAUAUCCAUUUAAGGAGAACUUAACCGGUACAGCCGUGCCUAUUGUUAGGCUGCAAAGAAUCGCUGAGGAAAAGCCGAUGACCACUUACAGGUAUUUACAGAUGUUUAUUGAAGAACACGAGAAGGCAAGUGUAGAUCCUCAAAAGUACGUAGAGAACCCAAUCAAAGCGUUCUCUAUAAUAAAAAGAUUGACAGCUGAUUUGGACAUUGUGAGUAAUGCAGCUCUUUAUCCAACAGAGUUUACUUGGGAUCGAGAGUUGGUAUUUCCGGGUAGUGAAGACUUAGCAGGAGCAGCUGUGGCUAUAGCUCGGUUACAAGAAUAUUACAACUUAAAAACGGUAGAUCUCGCAGAAGGAAAAAUGAUGGACGGUUCUGGGCAACUGAUUUCGGAUACAGGUCCAAUGACAUUGAGUGACUGUUUCGAAAUGGGUCGGAAUCUGUACAAUGAAAAGUAUUAUAAAUACGCUGCGGAGUGGUUCGUAGCAGCGCUGGACAAAGUCGAUACAGAAGAUAUAUAUGUCAACGUAUCGCAUAUAAUUUUGAGGGACAUCGUGAUGACACUCCAUGAGGCGAAUAUAACAUUGGAUUCAAAUGCCUACGAAUAUGCAAAGAAGUUGUUUGAAGUCAUGCCUGACGUAGGUGAAGACGAUACUAAAAUGAGAUACUACAAAGAAGCUUUUGAAAAUGAUAACGCAGAAGAAGAAGUAGAGCAAAGGCUGAAGGAAGAGAAAGUAAAACAAAUGUGUCGGGGUGAAAUUAAUGUCUCCGCAGAGAAUGCAAGCAAGUUGCAUUGUUCGUAUUGGAAAAGAGUACCGUUCUUGCGGCUAGCACCGAUGAAGAUGGAGGAAGUUCACAAGAAUCCAGAUAUUUAUAUUUUCCACGAUGCCAUGACUGAUAAAGAAAUAGAGGAAAUUAAAAAUUUCUCCAUUCCAAUGCUAGAACGUGCCAAAGUAACAUACGCUAGCGGAAUAACAUCGAGUGUUGACAAUCGUAUAUGCAAAAGUGUAUGGUUAUCGGCCAAUCAACUCUUGAUCAUAGGUGAUGUGGCUUGGCGCGCAUUUGAUUUAACUGGACUAAGCCUAGAUUUCGCCGAAUCCCUGCAGGUGCUCAAUUAUGGAAUAGGAGGCUACCACCAUGAACAUCAAGAUUAUUAUCAUAAUCCCAAUAUUUUUGAAGAAUCUGGAAACAGAAUAGCAACUUUAUUAUAUUAUAUGUCAGAUGUGAGUCACGGCGGAGCGACUGUCUUUCCUCAACUCGAUUUGGCAGUGAAGCCGAAAAAGGGAACAGCCUUAUUCUGGAUGAACCUGCUUCCUUCUGGAGAACACGACACCAGAGUAGCACACGCGGCGUGUCCUGUGUUACACGGGAAUAAGUGGCUGUCUACACUAUGGUUUCACGAAUCAGGUCAGGAACUCUUGUGGCCGUGUCCUCUGAUGCAAGAAAUCAAGUAGUGUACCUAGUAAAUAUGCACAAAUUGUGGGGUCAAAUUUAUUGUAAAUGUCACAAAUAAAAUUAAGAAAACAC